AUGAAUUACAAUGAAAAAAUUGAAGUAAAGUUGAUGAAUCAAACUAGUACUCUAAUAUUUAGAUUGUCAAAUUGUAGUACUGUGAUGAUAUUUUAUAAGCACAUGAAUACUACUACUACUACUACUACUACUACUACUACUACUACUACUACUACUACUACUACUACUACUACUACUACUACUACUACUACUACUACUACUACUACUACUACUACUACUACUGAUAAUAAUAACAAUAAUAAUAAUCUAUAA